UCUAGUAUCAUCCGAUCUUCCUCUAUCUCCCUCCUUCUUUCCCUCUUUAUCUUGGUUGUAAGGAUGUUACUCUGGCAACUCCUCAGUUUGGUGGGCUCCCUCAUGCUCUGCAAAGGCCAGGAGAGUGGUGUAGUUGAGCUGUGUGAUGACUUUACAGACCUGGACUUCCAUGAGUGCUUCCUCGGGACCACCCUGAACGUCAAGCUGCUGCUCUACGCCAAGUCUAACCUGCGCUGUGGCAGAGAGGUGAACCAUCACCACCUGUCCUCCCAGCCACUCUUCAACUUCUCCCUGCCCACGGCCUUCGUCAUUCACGGCUACCGGCCCACCGGGGCCCCUCCGGUCUGGGUGGACCACAUCGUCCAGCUGCUGUCUGAGCAAGAGGACAUUAACAUCCUGGUGGUGGACUGGAACAGAGGAGCUGCUAACCUUAACUACUUCACUGCUGUGGCCAACACACGACAGGCUGCCAACAACCUCACCAGCUUCAUACUCAACAUGCAGGCGGAGGGAGCGCCUCUGAGUUCGAUCCACCUGAUUGGGGUGAGUCUAGGAGCUCACCUAGCUGGGUUCGUAGGAGCAAACCUGAAGGGCAAGAUCGGCCGCAUUACAGGUCUGGACCCAGCAGGGCCCAUGUUCACUGGAGUGACUGCUGAGGAGAGACUAGAUCCUUCAGAUGCCAUGUUUGUAGACGUACUACACACUGACAUGAACUCGUUUGGUCUCAGAGGUCAACAUGGCCAUAUUGACUACUAUGCCAACGGAGGAUCUGAUCAGCCAGGCUGCCCCAAGACCAUCUUCUCAGGGAAGUCAUAUUUCGUGUGUGACCACCAGCGCUCUGUGUUCCUGUACCUGUGUGCUCUCAACCGGACCUGCAGCCUCACAGCAUACCCCUGCUCCUCGUACAGCGACUUCCUGGAUGGGCAGUGUCUGCAGUGUGAAGCCUUUAAGCCCGCCCCUUGUCCCAUGCUAGGUUAUGACAUCAGCAGGUGGAGGGAUACUCUGUUGCGAUUGGGACAGACCAAGGCCUACUUCACCACCACUGCCACGUUGCCUUAUAAAAAGACCAGCUACAGGGUGGACAUGGUGACAUGGAACCAUUACCUGCGCUGGGGUGUCGUCAUCCUCAGACUACACAGUGGCAGGAACUUCACUGAGGCACGCAUAGACCGUAAGCUUUUCAGGUUUGAGCAGUUCACCUCCACCCGUCUGUUGGUCCAGUUUGAUGAGGACCUGCAGCCCGUCCAGAAGAUAUCCCUCCGCAUCGCUACUGGCAACAUGAUAGGCCCUCGCUACAAAAUCCGACUACUCCGCAUCCGCCUCACCCCAUUGGAGCAACCCGACAGCCCGCUGAUGUGUCGCUAUGACAUCAUCAUGGAGGAGAAUAUUGAGGUGGCGUUCCGUCCGCUGCCCUGCGACCCUCGCCUCUGAGCCACCACCGGAGGAGGUUCUCCUCACACACACACACACAGGGCCUCUCCAGUCACACACACAGGGCCUCCCCAAUCACACAC